AUGGGCCCCGACGCCGCCCUUCCCUGCCUCGGCGCCGCCUCUGCUUGCCCCGUCGCCUACCCCUGCGGCCCCGGAGCUGCCCUUCCCGGCCCCGGCGCCGCCUCUACUGGACCCGACGCCGCUCCACCCGGCCCCGCCGCCGCUCCACCCCGCCCCGCCGCCGCUCCACCCGGCCCCGCCGCCGUCCCCACGCGGCCCCGCCGUCACCACCGAGCCGCCGGCGCUGCCGAGCUGCUACUGAGCCGCCCGAUCCGCCCGAGCCGCCGCUCCACCUGA